CAUCAAUAAAUUUGAAAUUAAAUGUGUAAAGAAUUUUAAACAAAACGUUUAGUAUACAAAAUACAUACAUACAUAUACAUAUAUCGUGCAUAGACGUGUGUAGUUUUUGCUGCAAAUGCAAUAAUAAAAAGCUUUCAGUUUGUACUGCGGCGGCGGUUUGACCCAUUGAAAGUGCGGAGUGUGCCAAAUAACAGUGUAAUAUGAAAGUGUUAAUGAUAAUCGCACUAUUCGUGCCACUAAUAAGUGCCGAUUUAUUCCCAUUAUCCAUUAUUCAUAUUAACGACUUUCAUGCAAGAUUCGAGCCCACGGACACAUCGGGUGGUACUUGUGACGCUGGGGAAGAAUGCAUUGGAGGUUAUGCGCGCACUGUAUACACUGUAAAACGUUUACUCGAUGAACAAAAGGAUCAAAACCCGGUCUAUUUUAAUGCAGGCGACAGUUUUCAAGGUACACUUUGGUAUAAUAUUGGAAGAUGGAAUGUGACGAGUCAAUUUCUCAAUUUACUGCCCGCCGAUGCAAUGACACUCGGCAAUCAUGAAUUUGAUCACGGCAUUGAAGGUGUUGUACCAUUUCUGGAACAUAUCAACUCACCCAUGUUGGUGGCAAAUAUGGAUGCAACAGAUGAACCGGAUAUGCAAGGAAAGUACCAAAAUUCGAUCAUAAUCGAAAGGAGUAAUCGAAAAAUUGGUGUUAUUGGCGUUAUACUCGAGACCACUUAUGAUUUAGCCAAUACUGGCGAUUUGAUAUUCCGCAAUGAAAGCGACGUUAUACGCGAAGAAGCGCAAAAAUUAAAAGCUCAGGGUGCGAAUAUAAUCAUCGCCAUUACACACUGUGGCUAUGACGUUGAUAAAUUAAUUGCACAAAAUGCCGCUGAUGAAGUCGAUGUUAUAGUGGGUGCACAUUCGCAUACUUUUCUUUAUACGGGUGAUGUACCACCUGGUCCAGAUACGCCACGUGGUCCAUAUCCAACGGAAAUUGUACAUGAGAAUGGACAUCGCAUUUUGAUUGUUCAAGCAGCUGCUUAUGCGAAAUAUGUCGGCAAUAUAACGGUAUUUUUCGAUGAUGAUGGUAACGUUGUUGACUAUUCGGGCGCACCGAUUUAUAUGGGCUCCAAUGUGCCAGAAGACCCUGAAACUGUGGAAGCGCUUGCGCCUAUUAAAGAGGAAAUAGAUAAAGUGGGAUCCAUCAUCCAAGGCGAAACAAAAGUUGAGCUUAGAAAGUCAACAUGCAGCAAUUCCGAGUGCAACUUGGGUAAUUUCUUUUGUGAUGCAAUGAUACACGCUUUCGCCGGCUUAACACCCUUCUCUGAAAGUAAAUGGUCAAAUGUUUCCAUCGGCCUUGUUAAUACUGGCGCAUUACGAGUACCACUUUACAAAGGAAAUAUUACCUAUGCACAUAUAGUGACCAUGUCACCAUUUGAAAACAUGCUCACGGCUUUCAAUUUACCUGGUCAUAAGCUGUUGGAAGCCUUAGAAUUCAGUGUUGAGCCUAUUGAUGUAGAAAGUGGCGUUCAAACCUCUUCUAGAUUUAUACAAGUUGCCGGUUUAAAGGUAACUUACAACUUUACCAAUCCCGUUGGCGAAAGGGUAGUCGAUAUUAAAGUGCGAUGCGUGGAAUGUGAUAUUCCUGUUUACGAGGAUUUCGAUUCUACGAAAAUAUAUCGCAUUGUAGCACCUGAUUUUCUAGCUGAGGGCGGUGAUGGCUUUUCAAUGUUGAAAGAGCAUGGCUAUGAUUGGCAAAAAGAGGUGACUGAUUUGGAUGCCCUACUCUCGUACACAAAUCAAGUAACUCCAAUCUACACGGGAAAAGAAAAGCGUAUUACAGUAUUGUGAAAGUAAUCUAAUGAAGUGGCGGAAGUAGUCAAAAAUGAAAUAACGUAUUUGUUUUACACAUCCUGUACAAGCCUUGCCAUAUUAUCACAGAUUUUGUAAUACUAAAAUAUAUAUUAUAUGUGUUUCUUAAAUUUG